CAUCGCCGAGAAAAACAACUCAAGAAUCAAGAACGUGUAAAAUAUUUAAAUUGUAUGAGCUUUUUAUCUAGCUAAGUAUAUGAAAUGGCAGAUAAAAAAAAGAAAAUAUUUCUUUCGAAGGAGUCUAGUGCUCCAAAAAGGCCAGUUAUAUUGAAAUCGGACCGAGAUACUACCAAAGAUCUACCGAAAGAAAAAGAAAAGCCGCCAACCAUCAUUUUAAAGACUCGUGAACAAAGUGCACCAAAAGAAGAGAGACCGCUGAGCCCUAAUGUUCAGGCUGCAGAAAAUGAGGGGCCUCAACCUUCCAAAAUUGCUCAAAAUGAGAAUAAGGAGAAGAAAAUUAUAGAACAGAAGCCAAGUGCACCACUAAAGUACAUGACCGAACCAGUUAAGCUUCUGGAUGAAAACUUAGAGUUCAACAGUGCAGCACUAGAAUUCCUGCAUGACUCCAGCGUUAAUUACCUUGUUGUUGGAAUAAUUGGUACUCAAGGUGUUGGUAAAUCUAUGAUCCUUAACCUAAUUGCCCAGAAUAACCCAGUACCUGAUUUGUGUACACAAAUCCUAAACUCUCACGAAAUACCAACCAACCUCGCUUUCGAUGGCAACGAUGUCUCAUCACUGGAAAAUCAAAUUGACGGCCUUCACUUUUAUGAAGCUCCGGAAACUAAUGGGACUAAUGGGAAGGUGGAAAGUAGUUUCUUCAAAUUUAAAAUGCAAGAUAUUGACCAGAUUGAAAGAGGAGUACACUGCACAAAAGGUGUAGACAUGUAUGUAACCACAGACCGCGUGAUACUCCUCGACUGCCAGGCGCUAUGGUCACCCGCACUAAUAGAGGAGACUAACAUCAACCCCAUAACGUCCAGGAGCGCGAACGUGGUCACAGUCGAUUGUCUCCAAGUCGCAUCCUUCCUUAUGGCGGUAUGCCAUGUUCUUAUAGCAGCUCAGGACUGGUUUACGGACUACAAUUUUAUUAGAUAUCUCCAAACAGCCGAGAUGUUGAAACCGUCCCUAUCAGCCUCAAGUUCCGCUAGCUCCGAAGAGGCUUCAUGCGGCGAGAGCCACCCCCACUUACUGCUUCUGCACAACCGCUGUCAACUUGAGGACUACACCCCGGAGGCUGUCAAAACUAUGCAGGACUUAUACAGGAAAGCGUUCCAAAGGUCGAGCCUGCAGCUAAACUCGGGCAUGUACAUGUACAGCGACUCGAACCGGAACGGUCUGAGCGCGGACUGUCAGGGCUGCAGUUUGGACACGUGCGGACCGCCGCUCAACCUGUUCCUGUUGCCGGAGAUCUACGAUGAUUUUGAUAACCAAGAGAUCUAUCGCGGCCACCCUACGUUCGAGGAACUGUCGAAGCGACUCCGCUGGAUGGUGCUCGGCGUCAACCGACACCCCAUCACCAACGUGCCGAACCUGUCCGAGCGCGCCUGGUUCCAGUACUGCAUCAAGGCUUGGGAGACCAUCAGGAAAUGCACCUUCUUCAUGGAGUAUGAGAGGUUCCUACCGUGAC